CAUUGACUGCAUAUUGAUUAGCACAGCUGCUCGGCCAGGGUUCCAGCAUGAAGCUCUUUACCAUCGUGCCCUGUACUACCAUCACCCUCGUCUUCCUCUCCAUCAUUCUUCGGAGUUCUUACUUAGCAGAGGCCGAAAUAAGCUCCAGUGUCUCCUUGACAGACCACGGGGGCAAUGGGAGCCAGUGGCCAUGCCCUGAUGUGCAAUUCUGCCCGGAUGUAGCCAACUGCUGCCAGCUCGGGGUAGACGAGUACGGCUGGAUUGCAGCUGCUGUUGGCUGGAGCCUCUGGUUUCUGACUCUCAUCCUGCUCUGCGUGGAUAAGAUCAUGAAACUCAGCCCCGAUGAACCCAAGUAUUUGCAAGCAUGAGACGUGGCAAGCCAGCAAGAACCAGCAUCCGCCACGGUCAUCCAGGGAAGAGCAGAUGGGUUAAGAAGCAAUUGAACUGCUUUGCUGAAGAAAGAAAAGGACAGUCAGGCCUCUUAUACUAAAAAUGGGUCCAGAUCCAAGUGAGGCAUGGUAGUGCCUUCCCCAGGAGGUUUUAUAGCUGAUCCGCUUGAGCCAACCAAGUCCUGGAGUGGAUUCCAAUCCCUUGUAGUAAUUUACAAUUAGUCCUAUGAUGCAGAAUGCCCCCUCUUUCCUGGAUACCUGUACUCUGCUAUGAGCUUGCCACCUGCAAUUCACCUAUCACUAGCUCACAUAACACUUACAGAGGACAGUUCAGUACACAGCUUUUGACCGUCGAGCAGACAACAGGUUAGUGAAGCUAAUUUUAUUUAUAAAAGACCCACCAUUAGCAGCUCCAUACUUAAGAGUGUGUAACCUGGGUCAAAUCCUCAGCUGGUAUGAAUUGAUGUAACUCCACGGCUUUUAUGGAGUUGUCUUCACACAGAAGUUGCACUGGUUAAAUUAAAAGUGCAUUAAAACUGAUUUACUUAAACUAGUGCAGACUUCUGUGUGGACACUCAAGGCUUGUCUACACAAUAAAAUUGUGCUGGCUUAAUUUAGAACUGAUUUAGUUCAGCUAGUGCAACUUGUGUGUGUGGAUUCUCUUGAAUCAGUUCAAAAUUGCACCAGUUUAAUUUAAACAAUUUUUAAAAUUAUAUAUUUAAACCACCAUGAACCCAUCUGGACUCACUGGUUUACGAGAGCAUCAUUUUGUUUUAAUAAUCAAGAUCAACUUAAACUAAAUCCAAAAAAGCCACCGUUAAACCAAAGUAAGUGCGUCCACAACAGGUUUGCACCCUUUUAACUAAAUCAGCUUAAAUUCACACCUCAGGUUCCAACUGUGCAACUUUCCUGUCUAGACAAGGCUCAAGUCAAUUAAAAAACCAACCUGUAAGACCUUGUCUACACCUGUGGUGGUGGCGGCAUAUAGGGACAUGUAGCUCCACAGCACAGUGAAAAGUGGGGAGGCAGUGGGACCUGCAAGGCACUGCUCAGAUGUGUAGAGGGCUGGGUAGGGUAUAUACCCUAACAAGACACCAUUUAAUACAAGGUAACUCUUCUGUGGAGAGAAAUGCUGAGCUGAAAUUUUAACAUCAGGAAAUGAAGCAUGAAAAAGGAAGGACUUUAUUCUUUUGUGGCUUUUUUAUUGUGAUUUUUUUUUUUAAACAUGCGCAGAAAUACCAGUAGGAAACAAUCACAAAACAUUGCUCAUCAAGAAAACCUCACC